AUGGCAUGUGUGGAGAUAGCGGCCUGCCACUACCGCCUGAAGCAGAGUCCAUACAGGGCCACUGAUAUGCCGAGACCCAUGUAUAAAGAGAACUCCCAGGAGAAGAGCAGUGAGGCUAUCCUUCAAUUAUGCGCUGAACUGUAUGACCAAGAUGCUGCUUCCCUACAAGUAAAGGUGAUCAAAUAUCUCCAACAGCAGACGGAUGCAGAGAGUGGAUUUUUGGUGUUAGUGUCAUCAGACAAUACACAGUUGUUCUGCCAGGUUGUUGGUGGACAUGUUCUAGAAGAAGAAAUUAAAUUUCCGGCGGGCAUUGAGGCUUUAUUUAAAGACCCACUCUUAGGCAAGCAACCUUUGUACCUCAAGACCUCGGAGCAGGCUGAUGAAAAUGUGUUUUUGUACACUACCAAGACUGUGACACAUGAUGACUUGAAUAGAGAUCAGUUUGAUGAGCUGUGUAGGUUCCUCCACCUAGACAUCAAAUCUUUACUGGGAGUUCCCGUGAUCUCCAGGGUGACAGGCAAUGUGGUGGCCAUAGCAUGUGUGGUUAAUAAGAUAGGCCACGACAGGUUUUCCAAUGGUGAUGUUGAUGCCAUUCAACACUGUUUUAAAUACACGGCCACAGUCCUAACCAGCACAGUGGCAUUCCAGAACGAGAGAAAACUCAAGAACCAGACAGAAGCUCUACUACAGGUAGCAAAGAAUCUUUUCACUCAUCUUGAUGACUUGACUAAACUGCUGCGAGAAAUCAUGCAAGAAGCCAGGAAUUUGACAAAAGCUGAAAGGUGCUCAGUGUUUUUGUUGGACAGAGACAGUAAUGAGCUGGUGGCAAAAGUAUUUGAUGGAAAUGUAGCUAAUCCAAAGAACCCAGAGGCACAAACCGAGAUAAGAAUUCCUGCAAAUCAGGGUAUAGCUGGCCAUGUAGCUACUUCAGGUGAAAUUCUCAACAUCCGCGAUGCCUAUGCCCAUCCAUUAUUCUACAGAGGUGUUGAUGAAAGCACAGGCUUUAGAACAAGAAAUAUUCUGUGUUUUCCAAUUAUGGAUGAAAAACAAACCAUCGUAGGGGUGGCGCAGUUGUGCAACAAGAAAGACGGCUCGUGUUUUACAUCAUUUGACGAGGACAUUGCUCGGGCAUUCUCCAUUUAUUGCUGUAUAAGUAUUGUACAGUUGCUGUUUUCCAAUGGUGAUGUUGAUGCCAUUCAACACUGUUUUAAAUACACGGCCACAGUCCUAACCAGCACAGUGGCUUUCCAGAACGAGAGAAAACUCAAGAACCAGACAGAAGCUCUACUACAGGUAGCAAAGAAUCUUUUCACUCAUCUUGAUGACUUGACUAAACUGCUGCGAGAAAUCAUGCAAGAAGCCAGGAAUUUGACAAAAGCUGAAAGGUGCUCAGUGUUUUUGUUGGACAGAGACAGUAAUGAGCUGGUGGCAAAAGUAUUUGAUGGAAAUGUAGCUAAUCCAAAGAACCCAGAGGCACAAACCGAGAUAAGAAUUCCUGCGAAUCAGGGUAUAGCUGGCCAUGUAGCUACUUCAGGUGAAAUUCUCAACAUCCGUGAUGCCUAUGCCCAUCCACUAUUCUACAGAGGUGUUGAUGAAAGCACAGGCUUUAGAACAAGAAAUAUUCUGUGUUUUCCAAUUAUGGAUGAAAAACAAACCAUCGUAGGGGUGGCGCAGUUGUGCAACAAAAAAGACGGCUCGUGUUUUACGUCUUUUGAUGAGGACAUUGCUCGGGCAUUCUCCAUUUAUUGCUGUAUAAGUAUUGUACAGAGUCUACUAUACAACAAAGCAAUGGACGCCCAGCAUCGUGUGAAACUGUCCACAGAGCUGAUGACGUAUCACAUGCAGGUGGGUGCAGAGGAAGCUAAGAAGCUGUCAGUCUGUGAGAUCCCACCCUUGUAUCACUUUAGCACAGAUAUGGAUAAAUUCUCAUCUGUACCCAGAAAUAUCUCAGAAUUGGACACUCCACUUGCGUGUAUAAGCAUGUUUGAAGAACAAGGCUUCAUUACAAGGUGGAGAAUCAAAAGAGAAAGUUUAGCUCGGUUUGUCCUGAUGGUGAAGAAGGGUUACCGUGAUCCCCCUUAUCACAACUGGAUGCAUGCUUUUGCUGUUGCCCACUUCUGUUUUAUACUCAACAAAAAUUUGCAUCUUGAGAAUUAUCUGGAUGAACUGGAGAUAUUUGCUCUGUUUGUCUCCUGCUUGUGCCAUGAUAUUGACCACAGAGGUACUAAUAACAGCUUCCAAGUGGCCUCUCAAUCUGUUCUUGCUGCCUUGUAUAGCUCUGAAGGCUCUGUGAUGGAAAGGCACCAUAUAGCACAAACAAUGUGUGUACUCAAUACUGAAGGGUGCAAUAUAUUUGAAAAUCUCUCUAGAAAGGAAUAUGAACGGGUUCUUGACUCAAUACGAGAUAUUAUCCUAGCCACUGAUCUGGCACAUCACCUGGGAAUAAUCAAAGAUCUGGAGGUCAUGGCUGAAGUGGGGUAUAAUAAAGACAAUAUGCGUCAUCACGAGCUCCUCCUGUGUCUCCUCAUGACAGCCUGUGACUUAUCUGACCAAACAAAGUACUGGAAAAACUCACAGAAAAUUGCUAGGUUGAUAUACAAGGAAUUCUUCUCCCAGGGUGAUCUGGAGCGUGCUCUUGGCAGAGAACCCAGUCCAAUGAUGGACAGAGAGAGAGCCUGCAUUCCAGAACUACAAAUAGGCUUCCUUGAUGGGAUUGCUCUACCUGUUUACAGUUUGCUGUCAAAACUGUUUCCCUUGGCAGAAGAGGUGCACCAGGCAGUGCUCAGUAACAAGAGACGGUGGAGUAAAGUGGGUGACAAACUCAGGAGACUACAGGACACUGGGGACAGUCCCAUUGAUGUCUUUAAUGUGGAUGUGACAUUAGAAGAGGAAGAAGUGGAGAAUGGCAACCAAAGGUGAAACUAUCCUGAGAUGGCACCUUUAUGUUCUGAAAAGUCAUGCUCAUUAUGAUAGGAUAGAGGUGUCAUAGUACAUGUAAAUGAACCAAAAAGAAAACUCACUGAAGGAAAGGGAUAUAGUUCAAGUUAAAGUAGAAUGCACUAAAAAGAAUCAGCAAAAUUCUCUAUACUAGUUUUCAGGUUGAGAAUUUUGAUUUAUGACGUGUUUGUAGAGAAAAAGUACAAGAGCAUGUCCAUAGUGGUGUGCAUCAUGCAAAUAGGAACAGAAUUUUUAAGCCUGUUCUUGGUUUAUUAUCAUGACUGAAUUAGAAUUUGACUGUUGCUGACAAUUGGAUGGAAGAGGGAGUGUAUUCCAAGAUACAAAAACAAGGAAAUGCAGCUAAGUGACCAGCAACUGGUCCCUGUUCUAGCAAAAUGCUAGAAUGAGUGUAGAGACAUUUGAUAGAAUGAUAUACUGUGACACAUACCUCUAACUUCCCUCUUCUUAUUGUGUUUGUGUAUUUUUCCAAAUACUGUGUAUUUGUCAUUAGGUUUGAAAUUGGCACACUGCCUAGAAGAGAUACUUACUUUGCAAUUAACAGUGGGUGAGAUACAGUUCACGGGUAGGAAGUUUGAUUUUAAAAUGUUGGAAUAAGCAAGUAGAAUUUCAAAGAGAUCAAUUAAAAUAACUAAAUGCACUUUUUGAAUGUGUUGGAUUGAACUUCAGUUGCAGUAUAUGCAUUAUUAAAUAAUUGUUGAACUAAAGAUUUUUUAACUGUGUAAAUAUAGUAAAAUUGUGUUUAUAAGUAGUACACAUGCAUUGUAAGAUGUUGGUUUAGUUCAACUUCUCUGUGAUGAAUAGACAAUUGCAGACAUUUAGAAAAUGUACUAAUAUUAUAGUUAUUAUGGCACAUUACCACUCAUUGUGGUUAAAUACAAUUUACUCAAGGCUUUUUGUCUCCUAUGUGGUGUCAAAAUAGAAUGUAGAACAAUUUAUUUUUAUCUUAUUAUUGAGAACUUAUUUUAAACAUACAUUCUAAAACUAUUUUUCUUUUGACAUUGCAUAUUUGUUGCCCCUGCUGUAUUUAAUGAUAUGAAUUUAUUUAGUGCAUGUUACACUCCGUCUAUUCAGUUUACAUAUACAGCCUUAUUUGCUGCUGGGUUAAGGCACCAUUAACAGUGUCACAUACAAAACAUAUUUAACUGGCUCAUUAGAUAGUGUUAAAAAGGCCACCCUUGCAAUUUCCCAAAAUAAAAUCAGCAUCUAUUUCUAAAUCUGACGGUUUUAUCAGUGUACUAGCAUUAAUAUAUACUUCCCUUCAUAAUUAACAGAAGGUUUAAAUUGUGGUAUUCAGAUUAUCGAAUAUCUGCAUAUAGAUUGUUUACAGUGUAAAAAUGUACCCCCCUGCUAAGGUUUUCUUAGCUAACAUGUUUUGUCUGUUUUACCUCAUUAAAAAUAUUGAUUAGCAAGCAAUCACUGCACAAUGUUCUGUGGCUCAGGGAAAAGAUAUUCACGCUCUUGGCUGCUCUGAGAUUCACUUUUACUGUAUAGCAUUGUUAUUUGUCUUUAUAGUUCGUAGUAUUCACUAUUAUGAUUUGUUAUCAAAGGGUUUUAGUUUGUUAUUAGCACUGCUUACAUGGAUAGUUUGUCUCUUUUUAGCUUAUAUGAAAUUAUGAUCAGACAUCAAAUUACUUAAUCUCCAUUAAGAUGAUGAUGUUGACUUGUGUUCAUAAUUUUUUUUUUUUUUUUUUUUUUUUUUUUUUUUUUU